UUGACACGAAAAGUUCAGAUACCAACAAUUUGUAAGAUAAAGGACACCAACGAAAUCAUUGGAGGCUUUAAUCCUAUGGAUUGGUACAGUGCACCGGCUCCUGGAACUUAUAGUAAAACACGGAGGAGUUUUAUAUUUUCGCUCAAUCUGAAAGAUUUGAACAAAUCAGUUUUCAGUAAAGUGAUCGAUGACAAGCAUGCGAUAUUUCAGCAUAGAGACUUUGGUCCAUCCUUUGGUUUAAAUAAAGGCGACCUGAAGUUGUAUAGCAUGAAUAAUAAAUUGUGUAGUUGUUCCAAAGUAAGUUACGAAAAGAAGAUUAGAAAAGUAAUUACGGAAUUUGCCUUGGAAGAAUAUGAAGUUUGGAAGGUAGUUACUGUAGCUGCUUCAUAA